AAGGAGCUGGCUGCCAGCCCUGCAGGCAGGAGAUACUCCUCGCAUCUCACGCUCAAGUUUUCUUCAGAGGAGCGGUUGCUAUGCAGCCUUGUUUAUUUCUGAAAAAAAAUCCUGCGCACUGGUGGAAAGUGACAAAGACAGCUUUCAUUUAUCAAGCCAGACAGGGGUUACAAACCAGUCUGCAGUAUUGACGGCCAGGCACCCCACCUUAAAUGCAGGCUCCUGAUGCUGCAAGGGAACCCACCGGCAGCUGCGUCAGGCCCAGCAACGGGCAGCACAAGUAGCCUCUCAUCUUGGCAGAGCCCAUCAUCACCCCAUGGCAACAGAAGACGAUUUUGCAGCAGCUAAGUACCAUGCCCCAGUUGCUGUCUACUGUGGGAGCAUCACAAAAGAUAAACCCAGACGCAGAGCUCUGCGAGGUGGAAGCAUUGAUUCGAACUUGCACCUUUGUGGCAGCAGAUGGACCACUGAAGAAGAAGCUUCUCUUCAGUCUAUGUUAACAACCCAGAUGAAGAAGCAGCAGCCUUGUUUAGAGGAUGGAGAUGGGGAACCUCCACAACCAAGGGCCGUCUCUUCCCUGGAGGACAGAGACAGCAAGGCUACUGUGCAUGACCUCAGUGCUAGGGCUGGAGGAGUUCUCUCCCAUUUUCCUCACCCAGCCUUGACACAGGACCCCCAAGACAGGGAGGUGAGCAGUGCUGCCCUGGAAACUACUCAGAUCAAGGACAAGCUGAAGAAGAGAAGGAUGUCUGAGGGCUUGUUAACACCACAGAGAGGCGUGACUGACAGCAGUGACUCCAAGGGGAUUACUCUGAAGCCAGCAGUUUCCAGGUCUGCUUCCCAGAGGCUCCUGGCAACCUCCAGGCCCAUGCCUCCCAUCCAGAAUAGACUUCCUUCCCCAGAGCCCAGCUGGACAAGCAACAGGGAGCAGGAGCAUGAGGAGAAUGGCACAGGCUGUGGCGGCAGUGAAGGGAACCACAAGGAAUUGAUGUCAGAGGCUUCCCUGCAGCCCCUGUAUUGCAGUGAUGAGGAAGGGAAGAAGUCACUGGGGGUGGCUUUGAUUCCCCCUAUCCCGAGGUCAGCAAGACCAUCUGAUGGGGAUCCUAGAAGUGCUGCAGUGCCUCUCCCAAGCUCUCAGCAGCUGGUUUCCCAAGAGUCCCUGGAGAUGAGACCAAGAUCAGGCAGCAAAACAGAAGAGAAGACCCUUAAAUCUCUGGAACUCUGGACACUGGAACCCAUCUUGCCUAUUCCCCAUCAUCACUUUGCCUGUAGUGUGAAGUCUGCUGGACAUUUGUAUGAACCUGUACCCACAUUAACAGGUCUGCCUCUCAGCCAGGCCAAGGGGAUGGAUCAUCUCAUGAGUCCUCGCCUUCUGAGGGAUGAUGACUGGAAAGACAGCAAUGGAAGGAUCCAUGUUACCAUAUCCAAGUCAGCUCAGGAGAAAAUGCGCCAGAAGCGAAUGAGAGAGAUGGAGCUUUUGCGAAGAGAGAUGGAGAAAGAGAGAGAGAAGUUGCAGCUCUCCACAUAUAGCAGUGACCCUGGGAUUACGGCCGAAGAAGGCUUUGGCCUUCUACACAUCAACGGGACAGUUCCCAUUUCCUGUAGCACAAGCAAUGCAUGCAGAUCGAGCAUUGGAACCACCCUGAGGAAGCGGGUCAACAGACCUUCCUUGCCCAGCAUCCCCGUUAUCAGCCAGGACAGUGGCUUCCUGCGCCAUUCCUCAGCAAACUCACUGCCAGCCAUUGCUCUCGGCUCCUUGGAGUGGGGAGAGGAGCCCGAGUGUGGGGACGCCUGGGAAACCAGACCCUUCUCUCACCCAGAGCAGGGGCUGCUCGAUGCGCUCACAUGGCUCAGCAGCAAUGACUGGCAGCUAAAGGGGAAAGGACUCUUCAGCAUCAGACGCCUGGCUAUCUGCCACUCAGAAAUCCUUCUUGGUAGACUUCAUGAUGUUACCUUGGCAGUUACCAAAGAGGUGAACAAUCUCCGUUCAAAGGUGUCUCGCUUUGCAAUCAACACUCUCGGAGAGCUUUUCAGGAUCAUGAAGAAACACAUGGACCAGGAGGUGGAGGAGGUUGCUCGGGCUUUACUCCAGAAGACCGGGGACUCCAGCGAGUUCAUUCAGAAAGCAGCUGAUCAAUCCCUUGGUAUUAUGGUGGGGAGUGUGACUCCUGCACGAGCAAUGGCUGCUAUCCUGGCUAGUGGGGUCAAUCACCGCAAUGUCCUGGUGCGGAAGUCUGCAGCUGAACACCUACUGACCGUGAUGGAGCAAAUUGGAGCUGAGAAGCUCCUGUCAGGCACACGUGACAGUACUGAGCUGCUGGUUCACACGCUGGUGAAGCUUGCUCAGGAUUGUAAUCAGGACACAAGGUUUUAUGGACGGAAAAUGCUGAAUAUAUUGAUGAGUCAUCCAAAAUUUGAUGGGUAUUUGAAACAGUUUCUCCCCUCACGUGACUUGCGAGAUGUUAUGGCAACAAUUAAGCAGAAAGGGAUAGAAGACCGUACAUCUGAACUUCCAUCUAGCAAGGGCCGCAGGGAGUCUAGGAGCAGCGGUUUGAUGGUAUCCCAGGAAAACUUGCCUUCUGAUGAAGGUUCAAGGUCCGGCUCUGAUGUCCUCAUCUUACCCCGUCAGACAGUCCGGCACACAUCACUUCGCACUGUGGAAGAGAUUGAACAACUCAAGGAGCUUAACAAGCUCCUGACAGCCAAAGAGUUUCAUGCACGAAUGGAGGGAGUAGUACUCCUUGUAGAUCACUGCAAAAACAACCCCCAGCUCAUCUCAGCUAACAUUGUCCAGAUUUUUGAUGUUUUUGUCCCGAGACUUCAGGAUUCCAAUAAGAAAGUGAAUCAGCAGGCACUGGAGGCUCUGGCUUCAAUAACACCCAUCCUCAGAGACACCAUACACACAGUGCUGAUCUCUGUGGUAGCAGCAGUCACUGACAACCUGAACUCAAAGCACACAGGGAUAUACACUGCAGCUGUGAAGGUGCUGGAAGCAUCCCUUGCUCACCUAGAUAACGCAUUACUGCUGCAAGUGCUUGCCCACCGAGUGCGUUUCCUCAGCGGUCGAGCUAUGCAGGAUGUCACAGAACAUCUGUCAGUACUCGUGGCAUCUGUUUAUCCCCGGAAAGCCCACGUGGUUGAGCGCUACACCUUGCCCGUGCUCUGGUACUUCCUGAGCAACAUGAUCGGAAAUGGGGUCCUGCCUGGCCGGAGCAGCAAUGUCAGGGCUGCAGUCACCAAGCUUGCAAAGAGCCUCUACCAAGAGAUGGGAUCCAGCCUCAAGGAGCACGCCGCUGGCCAGCCUCAGCACGUGGUGAAAAACCUCUGGCAUGUUUUGGAUCUGGAUGUCUGGUGAAGAAGGCUUGGUGCACUCCAUGCAGGUGGCAGUAAGGCACUGCAUGGGGCAUGUGGAGAGGAGGGUGGAACCCCUGGCAUUGGUUUUGUUCUGGUUUUAAAGCACCAGAUUUACCCUACAGAGUUUAUAGCUACAGAUGUACAUAGUAUAUUUUGAUGUAAGUUUUUUUUAUUUUUAUUUUUUAAAAGGAAGUAUUCUUCAAAAGUUUUAUUUUCUUCCCUAUGAAGCUUAUAUAGGUAUGAAAAAAUAAAAUCCCAUGUGUAAAUGCCAUUUGUAACUGUAAAAAGGAAAAUAAUAUAUUUAUAUAAAUACUUGGAAAGUAAGAGGUGUGCUUAUAUGUAUAUUUACUUAUAAUGUAAGACACGUGCUUUGAAAACAUGUGGGCUGCAGGAUUAAAUGUUGUAGCUGCCACUGCACCAGCAGCAAAAGAGAUGUCCAGGUCAAGCUCAGACCUCCAGUGCCAGGACAAGUACUGAAGGUACCUGAGAUUUCUCUCUGAAAUCUUUCUAGGUUUGCUGAAUUUUCCCUCCUAUUUUAGGGAACACCUCUUGUCUUUAGUCCCCUUUGCUUGCCCAUGCAAUGGGCUGAUAUGGAGAGGUGACAAGUGCUGUCUGAGUGCCUCCAAGCACCUUGGGACACCCUUGGGGAGGUGCAGUAGAGGGGCCAUGAAGCAGGGGGCUGUGCCCCCUUGGAGGGGGUGGCAGGUGAUACACAGAGGGCAGCAAGUGGGCUGAGGGCAUCCUACAGAGGUUGGAGAGAGGUAAGCUGUGGGUGGGCACUGUGGAACAAAUAAAGCCAAGUUUUUCUUUUUUAAUAUAUACAUUUUCUCAAUGUCUAAAAAGACAAAUUAAAAAAAUAAUCUGUCUUUCAAGAAAUUAAGGUUUGCCUCAUACAUAUAUAAGGUGUGAGGCACAACGGGGCUAUGGAAGUUUACAAGAGCCUUGGCAGGCUCUUGACAGUUACAAGGACCUUGCCUGAGGUUGGGAAGCCAAAGAAUACUGCAGGGAGAUCUGUCCAUCCCAAAAGUCUUGGGGUUUUACAUUUAUUUGCUGCACCUGUUUAGUAUGUCUAAAGCUAUACAGGACUUCAGCUGGCUAGAUGAUGUUGCAGUGGGUCACCUCUUACAGAAACACUUUUUCUUUUCAGUACAGUACUGAAGUGGUGAAACUAUUUAAUUGACUCUUUUAGGGUGUUUCUUUUGCUGUUGUUUGUUGUGUUUUGUUUUUAACUCCUAACUUUUGGUAGCAUGGGGUGGUCAGGAACUCAUUUCUGAAGAGACAUGGCAUAUGAUCUAGCCUAGGGACCUGGCUCUGAAACCCUGGUGUGUCUGGAGAUCCUGAAGAGCCUGGUGGAAGCCACAGUUCUUGGAUAUAUGCCAGAGUAUUUUGGAGUUUGGUAUUAGAGUUUUUUCUAAUGGUUCACCAGAGACAGGAAUGACAUGAUAGUGCGCAGGAUUUUUGCAGGUGUGUCAGGGUUCUGCAGAGUACAAGUAUGCACUGAAGUGCUAAAAGUGAAUGAUGCAUGUUAGAAGGUGGCUGAGUUUAAAAAGUGGAUCUGGAACUGUGUCACUUCAUUAAGCACCUGAAGUUGGCUACUGUCUGAGGUCUAUUUUAAAAGGUAGUAUUUUUUAUUUUUAGCAGGUGAUAUCUCUAGAGGGCUUCCUGUUUUUGCUUUCUCUACCUCCAAAGUUGCUCUUGCAGUUUCCCUCUGCACAUUUGUCCCUCUGGAGCCCUUUACAUGCUGCUCUACACAGGCUGUUUUAGCUGGGCUGAAUAAAAGAUGUUUAUUUUUACUUCAACUGUGCUUUGGCUCUUGGGGAUGUGGGGAGGAGUUUCUGCACUUGGGAGAAAAAGGCUUUUACACACCUCAAAUGAAGCCUCCCAGAGCCUGCUUUUUAUGUGUUUUAGGUGUAGGUCUUGCAAAGUAUGUUUAAGAAGUAACCCAUGUAACUUGUUUCUUAACUCUCUGUUGGCCUUGAGUUUUGCUUUCAUGCGUGCUGUUCCCCACAGUUGAUGAGAAUAAAGCAUUGCCUACUGGUACCUAUUUUCUGUCUAAGUGUUUUUGUUUUUGUUUGUUUUGUUUUGUU